UUGCCUCCCUGCGCCAGUGAGCCGUUCGCCUCGUCCAGGCCGCCUCCUGCUCCGGCCAUGGCUCCCGUCUCGUCGCUGCUCCUGCGCCAGCUGCUCCGCUGCAAGAACCUCUUCGUCCUGCUGGGCGCCCCCCUCGCCUUCCUGCCGCUCCCGCUGCUCGUGCCCACGCCGGAGGCCCAAUGUGGCUACAUAAUCAUUAUCAUGGCUGCUUAUUGGUGCACAGAGGUAAUCCCACUGGCAGUUACAGCGCUGCUGCCUGCUGUCUUGUUUCCAUUGUUCAGCAUCCUGGAAUCCAAACUGGUGUGUAUGCAGUACCUGAAGGACACAAACAUGCUUUUUGUCGGGGGCCUGGUCAUGGCUGUGGCAGUGGAACACUGGAACCUUCACAAACGGAUUGCGCUGAGGGUGCUGCUGACUGUUGGUGUGAAACCUGCUCUUUUGAUGUUCGGGUUCAUGGGGGUCACGGCUUUCCUGUCCAUGUGGAUCAGCAACACGGCCACCACUGCCAUGAUGGUUCCAAUUGUCCAGGCGGUCCUAGAUCAGAUGAACAGCUCUGAGCAGGAAGUGAUGUCCUCAGAGUCCACUUUUGGACAUGUCAACUCUAUCAGUGAACUGGAAAAUAAAGCCACUGCGGCAGUGUCACCCAUGCAAGUUGUAGGCAAUGGGCACCUUCCUGACCACACCAGAGAAGAAGAUGAGCGAGCAAAGAAACAGAUCAACAAGGGUAUGACGCUCUGUGUCUGCUAUGCUGCAAGCAUCGGUGGGACAGCAACUUUGACUGGGACAGGGCCAAAUCUGGUCCUGAAAGGACAGAUAAACCAAUUGUUCCCUGAAAACGGCGACGUUGUGAACUUUGCCUCUUGGUUUGGGUUUGCUUUCCCCAACAUGAUCCUGAUGUUGGUAUUGGCUUGGUUCUGGCUCCAGUUUUCCUUCAUGGGACUCAAUUUUAGGAAAACCUGGGGCUGUGGCACCCAAAGAACCGACAAAGAGAAGGCUGCCCUGAAUGUGCUGAGGGCUGAAUAUGACAAGCUAGGCCCCAUCUCCUUUGCAGAGUUCAACCUGCUCCUGCUGUUCACCUUGCUGGUCAUCCUCUGGUUUACAAGAGAUCCUGGCUUCGUCCCAGGUUGGGCCACCGUCGCCUUCAACAAAGACAAGGAGUAUGUGACAGAUGCCACAGUGGUUAUCUUUGUUGCCGUGCUGCUGUUUGUUGUUCCUUCUGCCAUGCCCAGAUGUGGUUUCAGCAGUCAAAGAAGCUGUGAUCUAGAAGAAGCAAAAGAAGCUUUGAAGGAGCCAUUUCUCCCUCCCCCAUUGCUGGAAUGGCAGGUGGUCCAGAAGAAGAUGCCCUGGAAUAUUGUGCUGCUGCUGGGGGGUGGCUUUGCCCUGGCUCACGGGAGUGAAGCUUCAGGGCUAUCCAAAUGGCUGGGCAACCAGAUGACCCCUCUCAACACGAUCCCUCCCUGGUCCAUUUCUAUCGUUCUGUGUCUCGUCAUUGCUGUCUUCACUGAGUGCACCAGCAACGUGGCCACAGCGACCCUCUUCUUGCCUGUUUUUGCAUCUUUGUCCCAGUCCAUUGAAGUCAACCCCCUCUACAUCAUGGUCCCUUGCACACUCAGCGCUUCCUUUGCCUUCAUGCUUCCCGUGGCCACGCCUCCAAAUGCCAUUGCCUUUUCAUACGGCCACCUCCGGGUCUCAGACAUGGCAAAAGCUGGAAUUGUGAUGAACAUUAUUGGAGUCAUUUGUGUAACUCUGGCCAUUAACACCUGGGGCCGUGCCAUGUUCCACCUGGACACGUUUCCAUCCUGGGCAAACGCCACUCUGGGGUAAUGAAAGGCCAAGGCCUGGAUUUGACUUCAGGCAGUUGGGUCUUCUUGCCCCAUUGCCUUAUUGCCCUGAGCCUUUCCUGUAGCCCUUAGUCUACUCUUUGGGGUGGUGCUGCUUGCAGACGGACCUCUGAGGAAACAUGUUGGCAUCUCCUGGGACCAGAAGUAGUCCAGCCAUGUUUUCAAACCAAUCAGGAAAAGAAUACGGGUUAUUUGGGGGGAAAAAAUGAAGAACAGUGGAGAAAGAAACAACUGUGUUCAAAAAUAGAGGAUAAUGGUAACCGACGUGUGACAGAACUCAAACUCAUUAAGACAACGUCCGCAGGAUUCUGGAGCUGAUUAACUUCUUCUCCGGCUCAGCACGUUAACCAUUGCACAACGGGUUCUUCAUUCUAUGAUCAGGUGGAGUGCAAUUGGACAACCUACUGAGAAAGACUGUUCUACAAAUGCAAGGAACAAACACUUGGCAAGAGAAUAUCUGGUUUCCUUUUGCGUUAGAUGUGCAUAGUGAACCGGGGUUCCAAGAGGAGCCCUUUGUGUAGGAAGUAACAGCUAUUCAAAGACUGUAAGAAUGGGGAAGCCAAGACUUGGGAUUACUCACUGGGGAAACACCCUAGAACACGGAAGUCAGAUUUCAGGAAAGAUGCAAAUAAAACCUUUACAGGUGGCCUGCAGCCAGAAAUCUUAGACAAAGGGUACCUGGAUGGCCAUCUUAAUGCAGAACAGAUGCUGAGAAAGGCACAACAUUGGAGCACUUUAGCCUCUGUGCCCUGUCUUCCAGAACAUCUGGUUGGCCAUUGUGGGAAACAGGAUGCUGGAUUAGAUGGACCAUUGGUUUGUUCCAGCAAAGGUUCUUCUAAGAGGUUUAGGUUUUAGGUUUGGCACCUAAAAACUAGUCUCCUAUUAUGUUUGAAGGUAUUCGUCUUAAGCUAUGAAUGCCAUCAACAUUAAUUUUACAAAAUGCGUCUUUGCAGUCAUUGGCUAGAACAUUUGAAGGCAGUAGUAGGUGUAUUGCUUCAAUAAGCAAAUGAAGGAAUAGAGGGAGCUAGACAUUUGUGGAAGGGGCUGGGAUUACCCCUGAGAGUGACAGGCCUUGGUGGGGUUGGGCGGGGCUCCUGAGGUUGAGUUUCUGGGCAUUAAACCGUCAUGCUUUCAAGGUUUCCUUCUCCAAGAUCACAACAAGGGAAUAUAUAUAUAUAUGUAUCCUUUUGUAUGUACUAUGGGAAAACCAGUGUGAUCAAGUUGUUACAUGUUGGACUCUGGAGAUCUGAGUUCAAAUGCUUACUUUACCAUAAAUCUCCUGGGUGACCUCAGGCCAGUCAGUCUCUCUCAGCCUAACCUACCUCACAGGGUUGUUGUGAGGAUAAUAUGGAGGAAAGGAAAGCUAUAAACCCUGCCCUGAGAUCUGCACAGGAAGGGUGGAAUAAAAAUGUGAUCAGCGGGU